UCUGAAUUUGUUUCCAACUGAUGGUGAAGUAGGUCAAAUCACAUUGACAUCCUCCUCACACUCUUCCUCCAUGCGAUAUGCAAUGCUAUGCAGCUCCCCUUUGAUGAUGCAUGAACAGGAAGAAGGCGGCAGCAGAUCUCCAACACCAGUGAAGCUGAGAGAGAUGGCACAGAAUGGUCUCCUACUACACGACUUCCCCGCAAACCCGGCAGGUGGCAGACGAAGAUAUCCAAGUGACACCGAUCUCUUACUAUGCCAGAGAGACUCGCCGUCGCAAUCGAGUAUUGCGCGAUGACCUUCGCAGGGCCGAGCCAGAUGGCAUUCUAAAUCUAGUUGCUCAACGCGGCCAUUCCUGGGACUCCAUAGCCACUUCCACUGCUCUACACGCCUUAGCCUGCAAAAUGAAGGGAUCUACAUCCACCUGGGACUUAAAGGACGCUCGGUGGCAGCGCCUCUGUGCCUUGACCUUUCAACACUUAGUGGAAGGAGAGGCAAGGAAUCUGGCGAAUGUGGCCUGGUCUCUGGCGAGCCUACGCUGCAAGCUUUUCCCUUUCCAAGACUUGGCGAAGCAGGUCGUACUUCAUGCAGAAGAGCUGAAACCACAGGAGGUCUCGAACCUCAUGUGGUCAUUGGCACACUUGCGAUUUCAUCAUGUCCCAAUGAUCUCGAGUCUUGUGUCAGAAGUUGUCAAGCAAGUCUCUGGCUUUUCUUGCCAAGAUGCAUCAAAUACUAUGUGGGCAUUGGCUUCCUUGGCAGUCGCAGAAGACCGUGCUCUUGAAACUCUGCUGCCCUCUGCGAUGAGGAACAUAUACCAAUUUAAGCCCCAAGAAUGUGCAAACACUAUUUGGGCUUUGGCCAUUUUGGCGCUGUCAGAUGUCGAACUGGUGGAGAAGAUUGCCGAGCAUGCAGUUGACAUCGUCACGGAGUUUCGUAACCAAAAUCUGUCCAACUUUAUUUGGGCCUUUGCAAAGUUGGGGCACAAGGACGAAGUGACGACAGCCAAACUCUUGCAGGUGUCUUUGGGCAGACUCUCGACAUUUUCACCCCAGGAUCUAACUACCACCAUUUGGGCACUUGCAACAAUGGAUUACCGUCAAGACGACUUUGUAGCAUCUACAUUGCGAGAACUUCAGCAACGAGCCGGAGUGAUAUCACUUCAGCCACAGCAUGUCUCCAAUACAUUCUGGGCGCUUGCUACACUCAGAGGUUCCGAUGAACCGGCCAUUGAGUUUUUGUGUGCAAGCAUGUGCUCUCGGAUCACCGAAUUUAAGCCCCAAGAGCUAGCGAACUUUAUUUGGUCAAUGGCUAUCACUGGGGAAAGAGGUGAACCUGCCUUGGUCUGCAUUGUUGGUCAAGUUGAAAUGACCUUGCAUGAGUUCAGCUGUCAAAGUACGGCCAACUUUGUUUGGUCCUAUGCCAAGCUGGGUCUAAACGAGCCACAUGUGCUUUGUCUAGUCAAAGAGGCAGCGGCUCCGAAGCUGAACACCUUUUCAGAGCAAGACUUGUCAACAACUCUUUGGGCCUUUAGCACGAUGCUGCACCGCGAUGAUGUUUUCCUGGACCAUUGGAUGUGCGCCAUCUCCCAAAAGCUCCUGGAGAAGCCCGUAAAGCCUCAGCAUGCCUCGAACAUUCUGUGGGCCUUGGCUUCGAUCGCUUUUUAUGACGGCCCCUUUUUCACCACUUUGACCGAUGGCAUCAGGAAGUCGAUCAAAGGCUUUGCUGCGCAGGACAUUGCUUGCUGUACAUGGGCCUGUGCUACAGUUGUCCACAGAGACCAGAGCUUCACUGACCUCAUGGCCAGUGAGGCAGCAGAUAAACUGAAGUACUUCGAUCCACAAAGUGUGGGCAACACGGUUUGGGGAGCCACCUAUUUGAAGACGUCUGUCUCUAAGUUGUAUCAUAGCCUCAGUGAUUUGAUGGAUGCAACAACUCUCAGUUGUUAUAAUGACAAGGUGGUGGCAAUGGUGGCACGUGCUCUCAUGACUGGGUUUGCUGCUGAAAUGUCUUGGGACGUCUUCCACCGCUUGCAGCAACUCGAUCAAAAUCCUGGGAUCAGCGCAUUAAGCUUGUGGUUGCAUCACUGCCGCCACGUGCAGCCAUGCAUAGGCCGGGAAAUGCAGGUCAUGUCCGUGCUUGCGAGGUUCCAACCGUGUAGAUACGUGCAGCAAGCAAUUCUGAAUGUUGCAGCCCUACGUUUGGCCGAAGACGGUUUCCUGACUGAUGCUUUGAGCCUUGUGCAAGAGCUGCUGCAUCAUGACGCUACAAACAUCAUUGCCGGGCACUUGCAUCAACAGUUGUUUGAUGGCUUCUACGGCGCGGAAGCUGUGAUCGAACCCUUGCAAAUGAAGUGGAAGCUGCCAUCGCACAUGCGCGGCCAUAGUGGGACCGACUAUGACAAGCAGUGCAGAUUGCUGGAACAUGUUUUGAGCACAGCACAGAAGGGUGAUGCAUGGUCAGUGGUGACCACGAUCGAGCGUUUCUCUGUGGAUGGGAACGGCUGGCUGAAGAUCGCUGGGGGUGGCAAAGGCAUGGUUCUUGAUGACCUCGUUCGAAAGUUGUCUCCUCAACCACCUUCCUUGGUCCUUGAAUUCGGGCUUUUCGUUGGGUACUCGAGCACAAGGAUGGCAUAUUGGCUGCGAGGUCACGGUGGCAAGGUGCUUUCAGUGGAGGUGGAUCCAAUACAUGUUGCUAUCGCCCGAAAUGUUAUCGAGUUUGCUGGAGUAGCCAAUCAUGUUUCGAUUUGUCUUGGAUACAGUGAGGAUGUGAUCCCACAUUUAAAAGAGACCUGUUGUGGAGCAUCCGCAGACGCCGUUUUCUUUGAUCAAAGAGGGACUCGCUUCCACACCGAUCUGUGCAUGUUGGAGUCUGAAGAACUGAUGAAAGAUGGCUGUGCUGUACUAGCAGACAAUGUGCUAAAGCCUGGGGCACCGCAUUUCCUCUGGUAUUUUCAGCACAGUCCACAUUAUGAUCUCACGGUCGUGUCUUUGCGGGAAUUCGCUGCAGACAGGAUCGAAGAUUGGAUGGCUUUGGGAAUCUACCAUCCUGGAAACUCAGGUCCAGCUGUGUUUUUUCCAAAAUCCUUGGACAGGUUGGCAUUCUUGACAGACAAGGCACGGGCGCACAGCUGCAAUGCGGACGGGCCAUGUGAAGUGGAUGAAGACGCAUGGGCCCGUCAUGCGCAAGAGAUACGUCGAGCUUACGAUGAUGUCCAGAUCAAUCCUCACAUAGUGAGGAUUAUCAAAUCUUCAGAGGGCGAGCCGUUUGUAGAUUGGGAGACUGCCUCUUUUGGCUCCGAAAAUGCAGGAUUCGUGAUUCGUGGUUGAAGAAGGUUUACGAAUAGAGGCCUCGUGUGGAGGAGUUCCAGAUAGAGCCUGAAUAACGACACAAGACUGGCUGAACCAAGAGGGAUGGACAUUACAGUGUCGACACAGCAACGGAGGGUGUGUGGACACCAGACACGGUCAACAGUACAUACAUUGUUAACAAAACGUUCUACAGUGUACAGUUGUGCAAUCGAUCAAGUAUACUGUAUAGUCUUUGGACCCUUAUCCCAGUGUGCAGGUCGAAGUGGCAUGUGGCAGUGCCACGUUUGCCCUUCGAAAAGUUG